UCCACAUAUUGAGGCAUUAAUUUCUUGCUUAGUGGAACUUGCUAAUAAUGGUUAUAAAGUGUAUAAGACAUUUAAAGCCCCUGCUUUUAAAAAGGCUGUUGAUCAUGUGAAUUCUAUCUUUGGAGAAAAUUAUACUACAUACAAUGUCGAGAACCACUUACGAACCCUCAAAGAUAAGUAGAAACUUAUUUGUGAAGCAAAAAAACUUAGUGGAGCCGGAUGGGAUGAAGAGAGCAAGAUGAUUACACUUGAUACCACGACAUAUGCUGAGCUUAUCGAGAGACAUCCAAAAUACAAGCCGUAUUUGAAUUGUCCAAUUCCAAGAUAUGAAGAGCUUCGCAUUAUUUGUGGGGAGGAUCAUGCUACUGGAGAAUUCAGAGAGACAAGUUAUGAUCCUGACAUCGAUAAAGAGAUUCCAACUAUCAAUAUCGACGAAGAUGAUCUUGUAGAUAGUCCUGGUAUGGAUGGAGUUCGUGUAUCACAAUUCAACGGAAUGGAGCCUUCGAGCAUUUUUAUCAAGCCAGGAACUGUAAGUGGUAAAUCGUCUCGUCCAGUAAAGAAGAAGAAAAGGGAGGACUCCCAUAUAAUUAUUGGUGAGAAACUUGUGGAGGAAAUGGGAAAGGUAGCCACUGCCAUUGUUGGUUUGAAGGAGCGAACUUGGGUUGAGGUUCUUGCUGAUAAGGUUUUUGGUUUUCAAGAUAUUUCCAUAGAUGAUCUUGAACUAGUUUUCAAUGAAUACUACAAGAAUGAAGUUGAAGCGAAGGCUUUUAUGGUAUUGCCUGAACCAAUACAGAGAAAGAGGAUUCUUAACGUGUUGGAGAGGAUAGGUAGGCGACCAACUUUGGACAACACUCAAAGUGGAACUACUAGUUUCACAAACAUGGAUAGCACCCCUUAA